AUGGCGGCCAACACAAACAGGUUCUCGACGUACACGACAGCCUCGGCCGACUCGAAAGAUGGCGAGAAGAAGAAGGACAUGUGGAACUCCAUGCUGGAGUCGGUAGCCAGUGGCAAGAGGCUACCGGAGAAGAACCUACUGGUGCUUGGUGGCACAGUUGAGACGCAACGGAGCUUUCUGGAGACUUUAUCGAGUGAUUUUAGGAGAACGCUUGACACCGACCAUAUACCACCCGUUGCGAACCACUUUGCCCUAGGAAAUACCUAUUAUGACGUUCUAGACGCGGACCAAGAAGAUAUAUUAGCCCGGAUAACCCUCUACUCGCUCACAAAGCCCUCGCCCUCCUUCAGCGCUCUCCUCAAGCCUCUCCUCACUCCGCAAACGAUACCAAACACGCUCGUCGUAAUUCUACUCGACUGGUCACAUCCAUGGCUAUGGAUGCGCCAGCUGCGCGAUUGGAUCCUUCUCCUCAGGACGGUACUAGUCAGCCUGAGCAUCGAAGCCAAGGACGCCAUGGAGGAGGUCAUGAUCGGCUGGCGAGACCGCGGCAGGGGUGGCGCAAACACCAAUUUGGAUGGGAGUGGCGUCGCCACUGCUGCUUUGGCGGGUGAGGGUGGUGCCGGUAGCGACAGCGUCGCUUUACCGCUGGGGCCGGGCGAGUGGGAGGAUGCGCUGGGUUUACCGCUGUCUGUGGUCUGUCAGAAUGCGGACAAGAUUGAUUCCUUGGAAAAGAGGCAAGGAUGGAAAGAGGAGCAAUUUGACGUCGUCAUGCAGUUCCUGCGGACAGUGCUUCUAAAACACGGCGCAUCGUUGAUUUACACGUCCACAAGCGUGCCAUCGCAAUUACCGAGCCUUAUUCACUCUAGCUUGGGCAUUACCUCACUGCUCAAGCGGCAACCACUCAAGCAUAACGUCAUCGACCGCGACAAGAUCGUUGUGCCGCCGAACUGGGAUUCGUGGGGCAAGAUCCGGGUGCUGCGCGACGGUUUCGACGUUGAGAUGGUCAGUGAGGGCUGGUCGAUAGAUCUGGACCAGCCUUUCCCUCGCGAGCCGGCCCGCACUACCAAUGGCGAUGGGCUGCAUGAGGGUGGCGAGGUUUCCGACUUGGAAUCGGACGACGGCGAGCGGCAGUCGGACGAAGAUCACAUUGAGGGCUCGGCGGUGUUCCUCUAUGAACAAAAGAUCGAGAAUCCCAGCGCGGCGGCACAGCAGCACGCGGCGCUCGAAGACCGCUCGGGCCGGCGCAUGGAGGUGGACACGGAGGACCACCAGGCAUUCCUCGAGAAGCAGUACCCGGUCCUGGACGAGUUCCGCAAGGCGCUGCAGAAGGAGGAGGACGAGGAGGCCGCAUCCAAGUCCAAGAGGUUGCAACUUCAGGGAGACGGGCCGGCAUCCCGGGGUUACGGUGGUUCACACGGCCACGACGACUAUGGCCACGGCCCUAUCGGCGGCGUGCUUGGCGAUCAGAUCGGGCCCGUGCAGUUCAACAUGGGUGGCAUCCAGAUGGACACGGAUGCUGCGUUCCAAUCCAUUCAGAGGUUGACGGAGCGACAGCAUGUGCACGAGCCCGAGCCCGAGCUUGAUGUUGACGUUGAAGUUGACGAAGGGCCUACGGAUCCCGACCGAAUGCAAGCUUUCUUCGCGGGGCUGAUCCAGAGAGGUAUGGCCAAAUCUGGGGGCACAUGA